UUGUGGGCUGUUUACUACAGCAUUUUCAUUCUUUUUAACGAUAUCUGGAGUCGCCUUUCAAGUGUCAUCGAAGCUUCCAAAUUUUUUUUAAAGCGCUGCAGAAGCUUGAUUUGGAUUUAUUUGGUUCAAUUGCAAGCAUAACUUAAAUCUCACAUCAACGAUGUCGAUCGCGGUAGCUACCCCGCGACAUUGUUUUGGCCUCAAGGCCGAUGUUGCUGAUAAUAUUUGCUAUCUGGAUGAACAAACGAUCAUUUACCCGUCUGGAUCGAACUGCAUUUUGUUCAACAUUGACCAGAAAUCACAACGGUUCAUACCUGGAACAGAUAAAAGCGCUGGAAUGACAUCCAUGGCUGUUAGUCCAAAUCGAAGGUACGUCGCCAUCGCGGAGAAAGGGGAGAAAGCUACCAUAACUAUUUACGAUCUGAACACGUUGAGAAAGAAGAAAGUGCUCAGUUCUACAGAGGUUCAAUCUAACGAGUUUGUCAGCUUGGCUUUCUCGCCAGAUUCUAAAUAUCUUGUGUCUCAAGGAGGAAGACCCGACUGGACAUUACUUUAUUGGACCUGGGAGAAGGCGAAAGUGAUGGCUGUUACAAAAUCUACCAAUCAGAUGAACUCACCUGUUUAUCAGGUGACAUUUAAUCCUCAGGAUAACACUCAGCUAUGUGUGGUAGGGAAUGGAAUCUUCAAGUUGUUUCGUUACAGUGAGGGUAAUCUCAAACAGUUUGCUUUCCAGAAAAUGGAGCCACAAAACUUCCUCUGCCAGGCAUGGGUGUCAGAUGAAAGAAUUAUAGCUGGGACAGAUAGUGGAAGACUUCUGUUGUUUGAAUCAGGAGAACUGAAGAGUGAAUUUCAUGUUGGUGGAGGUGGGGCAAAUGCUUCUGCUCCCACAAGGCAAAGUAUGGCCAGUGUACCUGAAAGUGGUGUAAGCCAGGAUGCUCCUCCACAAGUCACAUGCAUUAUUGCAUUUUCGAAAGGCUUCAUCUGUUCAGGGGGAGCAGGAACAGUACACCUCUUUGAGAAAACUGAGGAAAAAGACUUCUACAAGAAGGCCAGAGAGAUUAAGAUUCCUGUCGACACGCAGAGUCCAGAUCCACAACUAUUAGAGAAUCAAGAGAUUGUCAAUCUUACUGUGAGCCCAUCAGAGGAAACUCUUGUCUGCAGCACCAAGACAAGUCAGCUGUACUGUAUCACCAUGUCCACUGCUGAUCUUGGCAAGGGUGAUAUUGCCACAUUUGAGCUGUUGUCGCAGGCAUUCCAUCGUGGUGUUAUCACUGGUAUGGAUGUUUGUAUACGAAAACCACUGAUAGCUACUUGUGGUUUGGACAGAUCUGUGAGAAUAUGGAAUUAUGAAGUUUGUUCAUUGGAGCAAUAUAAGGAAUUCCAGGAAGAGUGUUACAGCAUAGCCCUCCACCCCUCUGGACUGUACAUCUUGGUGGGAUUCAGUGACAAGCUGCGACUUAUGAACCUGUUGAUUGAUGAUAUCAGAUCUUUUAAAGAAUUUACCAUCAGAGGCUGUAGAGAGUGUUCCUUCAGUAAUGGCGGUCAUCUCUUUGCUGCUGUGCAUGGCAAUGUGAUUCAGCUGUACUCCUCCACAACCUUUGAGAAUGUUGGCAAUUUGAAAGGACACAAUGGCAAGGUUCGUCAAGUGAUUUGGAGCCAGGAUGACAGUAAAAUCAUUUCAUGUGGUAUGGAUGGUGCCGUGUAUGAGUGGAAUGUAACCAGUUACAAGCGUGAAGGAGAGAGUGUUCUCAAAUCCUGUAGCUACACCGGUGUUUCUGUGUCCCCGGACAGCAGGACAACUUUUGCUGUGGGCUCUGACAGGACUCUCAAGGAAAUUUGUGACUCACAGAUUCUCCGUGAAGUUCCAGCUAAUGACAUUGUUCUAACCCAGUGUGUGAUGUCACGUUCCGGUCGAAUGCUCUUCGCUGGAACCAGUUCAGGGACUCUGCGCGCGAUGAAAUUUCCGCUGACCGUUCCUGGGGAAUGGCAGGAACACCAAGUGCACUCUGGGGCAAUCACUAAGAUGCGCAUGUCUUAUGAUGAUCAAUACCUGUUCACAGUAUCCGAGGACGCUUGUUUGUUCAUCUUUAAAGCUGUUGAUAAGGAAGGCCGAGGAAUGAAACGAGAUAAAGAAGUGGGAUAUGCAGAGGAGAUCCUUAUCACCAAAUCUGACUUGGAAGAAAAGAAUUCCAUGAUGGCUGAGCUUAAAACACGUGUGGAGGAACUCAAAAUGGAAAACGAGUACCAGCUUCGUCUUAAAGACAUGAACUACAAUGAGAAAAUCAAAGAACUCACGGAGAAGUUCAUACAGGAGAUGGAAUCUUUGAAAACUAAAAACCAAGUUCUUAAGACCGACAAGGACAAAGAAGAAGCGAAACACGAAGAAGAGAUAGCUGACUUCUUGGAAAAGCACGGCAAGGAAUUGCAAGAUCUGGAGUCGGCGAACAACCAGAAGCUUAUGUCAGAAUAUGAGAAAUAUCAAGAGCUUCAGGCCAAGAGCCAGAAGAUGCAGGAGGAUUAUGAACGACAGUUGACGGAAAUGGAGGAAUCCAAAGAACAAGCGUUGGAGGAACUGACGGAAUAUUAUGAGAAUAAACUGACAGAGAAAAGUGCGCAGCUAGAACAGUCACAAGACGAGUCACGGCAGCAGUUACGAGAGUACGAAGAAACGAAGAAACAAAUUGAAGAGGAUGCAGACCGAGAAAUCUUGGAUAUAAAAAACAAGUACGAACGAAGGCUGAGGGAGGAGAAAGAAGCAAAUCUGAGACUGAAAGGCGAGACAGGGAUUAUGAGGAAAAAGUUUACGAGUCUACAAAAAGAAAUUGACGAUUACAAAGCUGAAAUCCAACGCCAACAAAACGAGAAUAACAAACUACAAGGAGUGAUUAAGUCUCUGGAGAAGGACAUCUAUGGGCUGAAGAAGGAAAUCCAGGAACGAGACGAAACCAUUCAGGACAAGGAAAAACGUAUCUACGACUUAAAGAAGAAGAAUCAAGAGCUUGAAAAGUUCAAAUUUGUCUUGGAUUAUAAAAUCAAGGAGCUGAAGAAACAAAUAGAACCGAGAGAAAAUGACAUAAAAGCUAUGAAAGAACAAAUUCAAGAGAUGGAGAGCGAGCUUGAACGGUUCCACAAACAAAAUACGAGCCUGGAAUUGAACAUCACUGAACUAAGACUGAAACUUAAGGCCACAGACAAAGAAAUGCACAUGGAGAGGCAAAGGGUGCGUGAUGUUGAAGCUGUGGUGAAGAGAUUUAAGACUGACCUUCAUAACUGCGUCGGUUUUAUACAAGAGCCCAAGAAACUCAAAGAGAAUGUCAAGUCCUUGUAUCAAAAAUACGUCCAAGAUGAAUCGCUGGACUCCGCUGGCGUGGAUGCGGACAUUCAAAGAGAGUAUGCGCGUCAGCGAGAACAUCUUGAGAGAAGUGUGGCAUCCUUACGAAAGAAGCUUGCUAAAGAUUCUGAAAUCCACAGGGCAGAUAAUGUCAGAAUUAUGCAGGAGAACGUCACUCUCAUUAAAGAGAUCAACGACUUAAGGCGUGAGCUUAAAAUCGCCCGCACUCAAGUCCACGACCUGGAAACCGCAUUAGGUGUUAUGCGCAAACAACAGCAAUUCCCCGAAGACGAAGAAAUCGGGAAUAUGGAGAACAAACGGAAACUGUCCGAGGAAAAUGUGGAAAUGGAAAAAAUGAUAGAUAUGCAGAAGACUGAGAUAAGGAAAUUGCGAGUUCAAAUAAAAGACAUGGAGACCGUUAUAAAUUCCCGUCCGCCCUCUGGCUCCAGGCUUCCGCCGGUCGCUGUUGGGUAGGAUUUUGGCGUGAAGGCUCUUUUACUGAAAAUCGUGUUACAUUGUCCAGUUAUCUAGCUUUUUUUUUUUUCGAGUUUGGAUGAUGAGAGUUUUGUUCUUGCCUUGUAAAUAGACACGUAGUCAAUGCAUUCGAGAAGGAAAGAAUGAAAAGCCGGAACUGUCACUUAACAGCCUUUUUUUUUUUAAUCGUAACUGUACACUACUAUCCGAAGAAUAUGUAAAUAAAUCUGUAUUUUGAACAUA